AUGUCCCUUGCAUCAUUUCUGCUUAUCUUCAUUUUUUAUUGUGCUCUUCCUGCUCUAGCUGAUCCAAGAGCCACAGAGGUCGCAGUGAUGUGCACCAACACAACAGCACCACUGCUUCAACGACAAGCUUUCUUGACAAAUUUCUAUGAUGCCAUAGAAUCCUUAACCGAUUUGAUUACAAGCCAAAGAUAUGCACUAGUUGUUAAAGGGACUACUCAAAAUGAAUCUGUCUAUGCUUUUGGUGAGUGCAUGAAAGAUCUUUCCAAACCAGAUUGUGACGUCUGCUUUGCACAGUGCAAGACACAAGUCCAUAGGUGUUCUCCGUUUCAGAGAGGCACUAAAGGGGGCAUGUUUUUCUUUGAUGGGUGCUAUCUUAGGUAUGAUGGCUAUAACUUCUUCAAUGAGAGUCUCAGUCCCAGGGACAGGACUGUUUGUGGAACCGAAGAUUUUAGUGGGAAUUGGAGUGUGUUUAAGGCCAAUACCGUGGAGUUCGUGAGAAAUUUGAGCAUUCAAGCACCAAAGAAUGAAGGGUUCUCUGUGGGGUUUGUGAGAAGAAGUAAUGUGACUAUUUAUGGGUUGGCUCAAUGCUGGAAGUUUGUGAAUGGCAGUUCCUGUCAGAAUUGCUUGGCUGAAGCUAUCACUAGGAUUGAUUCAUGUGCUCCAAAACAAGAAGGGAAGGCAUUAAAUGCAGGGUGUUACUUGAGGUAUUCCACACACAAUUUCUAUAAUAGUUCAAACAACACAGCCCCUCAAGAACAUCAAGGGGACAAAAAAAUUGCUAUAAUUGUGGCAGCGUCAUCUGCUUCCUUGGCUCUUCUGCUGAUUGUUGCAACUGUGAUUUUCCUUGUGUGGACAAAUUUACUAAAGCGGAGGAGAGAAAGAAGACAAGUUGGUGUACUUUUGAACACAGUAAUCAAUUCCAAACUAAAUAUGCCGUAUGAACUUCUUGAAAAAGCCACAGAUUACUUCAGUGAUUCCAAUAAGCUAGGAGAAGGGGGAUCAGGAUCAGUUUAUAAGGGAGCUCUGCCAGAUGGAACUACCGUGGCUGUAAAAAGACUUACUUUUAACACAUCACAAUGGGCAGAUCAUUUUUUCAAUGAGGUCAAUUUGAUCAGUGGCAUUCAUCACAAAAAUCUAGUGAAGCUUUUGGGGUGCAGCAUUACAGGACCUGAAAGCCUCCUUGUUUAUGAAUUUGUGCCUAAUCAUAGCCUCUAUGAUCACCUAUCUGGUAGAAGGAAUUCUCAGCAGUUGACAUGGGAAGUCAGGCACAAAAUCAUAUUGGGAACCGCAGAGGGCUUGGCCUAUCUUCAUGAGGAAUCACAGAGAAUCAUUCAUAGAGAUAUAAAAUUAGGGAACAUUCUCAUUGAUGAUAACUUCACACCCAAGAUUGCUGAUUUUGGACUUGCCAGAUUAUUUCCAGAAGACAAGUCUCACCUUAGCACAGCCAUUUGUGGCACACUGGGUUAUAUGGCUCCAGAAUAUGUAGUUCUAGGGAAGCUAACUGAGAAGGCAGAUGUCUACAGUUUUGGAGUUCUACUGAUGGAAAUUAUAUCUGGCAAAAGGAGCAAAUCCUUCAUUCAAAAUUCAUAUUCUAUCCUACACACGGUUUGGAGCCUUUAUGGAUCAAACAAACUAUGUGACAUUGUUGAUCCAAUCCUAGAGGGAAAUUAUCCGGCGGAGGAAGCAUGCAAACUCCUUAAGAUAGGGUUGCUCUGUGCACAAGCAUCUGCAGAACUUAGACCACCAAUGUCAGUAGUUGUGAAAAUGAUUAAAAACAAUCAUGAAAUUACUCAGCCAACACAACCCCCCUUUCUUAAUUGCAGUAGUGCAGAAUUCAGCAAAUCUAUUUUACCGGAAGACAGUUUUCAGCCUAGAUCCUACCCUCAAUCUUCAGAGGAAAGCAUGACAGAAGGCCUGAUUCAGCAUAAAUGGGUUACAAUAUAA